GCAGAUCAGAUCAUCCACCUGGUCGCAGCGCACACAGACGUUAUCCCUGCUGCCCUCCGGUGCCAACGCCAGACUCGGGCACUCCCUGCAGCCGGUGACCUGCACAGCGGCAUGUUUGCGGGGGAGCUCCGUCUGGGUGGCCACAUUCCUCAAGGCUUUUGGCCGAGUGGAAACCAUCGACUGGGACUUCUCAUCUUCUGGUGUCUUUUCUGGGCUGAAGAUUGACCCUGAUACUCUAGUAAAGAAGCUUGACUUGGACUCCCGAAGCAUUGUUUCCUCCAGAACAGGUUUAGAAGAAAAAACGGUUCUUUCCAAAAAAGAAAAAAUGAAGCUGAGGAAAGAAAGAUGGCUACAGAAAAUAGAAAGUGUGAAGCUAGCCAAACAGAAGCAAAAAGCCGAAGCAAAGCGGAAAGUGACACCUGUGGUGGGAGACAUGCAGCCAUUGAUGGAAGCCCUGCCUGAGCUCUCUGACCUGACCACAGGUGGCAGAGGCAGGAAGUCACCCAAGAGCCACGUAAAAGCAAAGCCAGAACCAGCAGACUUCUGUCUGAUGAAUCAAGCUCAGAAACGACGGCUCUUAGAGGAGGAAGUGGCUCGGUUUCAUGAGGUCAUCACUGAUCCCAGGUACAAAGCCAACCCUCUCAUGGCCAUCAGCGAGCAUCUCUCCAAGAGGCUGAGGCAGGAGAAAGAAGGUAAACCCCUCUAG